UAUAGUACAUGCGGUCACGGCUGUCAUUCGUUAUUAAAUUGGACUAACGAUUGGAUUUAUAAUACAAAUUUUAAUAUUGUUUAUACAAAUUUUUCAUGUUGUAUAGAAAAAUUUCUCAGGAAAUAUCUCAAAAUCGAUGUAUCGCGAGUACAAAUUGUUUAUUAAAGAAAUUUGGUAAUGGAGUGUCAUGUGUCAUUCAAGUAUAAUGAGAAAAGUAUAAAGCGACUUCCAGUCGCGGAUGAUAGAACCGGCCACAUACACUUGCUCCAUAUUGCAUAAGGCCGAACUUGGCCAGUCAAAAAUGUUAAGUGGUAGAAUUAUAGGACGAUUGCCAAAACUUACGAGGCAUUCACAUGUCAAUCAUUUUUUUCGACCUCUAAAAUAUAUUGGAAUAUUUAGUGUUCAUAAUUUAAGGUAUAAUAGCAAUGGAAAUAACAAAGUAUAUAAACCUCCGGGAACCACCAUAAAACCAGAAGAAUGUAUACCUGAAAGUAGGUAUUUCAAACAAAAGAGAACUGUACCUAUAUGUGAAUCUCAUCCUAAUGCAUCUUGUCCACCUUCUUGUUAUGAAGUUUGCGGAAAACCAGAUGAUUCGCAAAAAUCAAAUGACAAAAAGCCUUCACCACCGUAUUGGAAAAUAUUGGCAACUUUAUUCAUAGCAGGAGUUACAAUAUAUGCAAUAUCUACCUCAAAUUGGUUUACUGCAAAAAAAUCAGAUUUGCAAAAGGAUGUAAGUAAGAGAGAAAAGAAUGGAAGGCGAAUUAGAAGAUCAUUUCAAAAAAGUAAAUCUCCAUCUACUUCUAAUUCAUUCCCUUCAGAGAUACCUUAUCUUUUAAUAGGAGGAGGAACAGCUGCAUUUUCUGCAUUUAGGUCUAUUAAAUCUAGAGAUCCUAGAGCUAAGGUUUUAGUAAUAACAGAAGAAGAAGACUUGCCAUACAUGAGACCUCCAUUAUCCAAAGAACUUUGGUAUAAUAGAGAUAGAAAAAUAAGUGCACAAUUACUUUUUAAACAAUGGAAUGGUGCUCAGAGAAGUAUAUUUUACGAACCACCAGAAUUUUAUUCAGAUAUUAGUAACUUAAGUCAGUCUGAUAAAGGUGGUGUGGCUGUAGCAACAGGUUGGAAAGUUAUGAAAAUUGACGUUCCAAGUAAAACUGUAAUGCUUGAUGAUGGUUAUGAAAUAAAGUAUGAAAAAUGUCUUAUUGCAACUGGUGCAUCACCUAAAAAUCUCCCAGUUUUUGAGUCAAUACAAGAUGAACUUAAGGAUAAAAUUAUAACCUUCAGAACAAAAGAAGAUUUUCUUGAUUUAGAAGAUAUUGUGCAUGACGUUAAAUAUAAAAAUAUAGUUAUAAUUGGUGGAGGAUUUCUUGGAUCAGAACUUGCCUGUUCGUUGGCCCGUAAUUUACCUGAGAAUAAAAAAAUAUAUCAAAUAUAUAAAGAAAAAUUUAUAAUGGAUCAAGUAUUACCGAAAUACUUAAGUGAAUGGGCAACAAAGAAAUCCAUGUUAGAAGGUGUUGAUUGUAUUGCUAAUUCUGAGGUAGAAGAUUAUUCUUAUAAAGAUGGACAGUUAUCACUUGUUCUUUCGGAUAAUCGUGUUAUUGAUGCUGAUCAAGUGAUUGUAGCUGUAGGCGUUGAACCAAACACUGAUUUGGCAAAAGCUUCACAUUUAGAAACAGAUCCUGAAACAGGCGGUUUCCUUGUCAACGCGGAACUAGAAGCAAGAAGUAAUCUUUGGGUUGCUGGUGAUGCAGCUUGCUUUUAUGAUAUUAAACUUGGUAGAAGAAGAGUAGAGCAUCAUGAUCAUGCUGUAGUUUCAGGAAGAUUGGCAGGAGAAAAUAUGACUGGUGCAAGAAAACCAUAUUUACACCAAUCAAUGUUUUGGUCCGAUUUAGGACCAGAAGUUGGAUAUGAAGCAAUUGGUAUUGUCGACUCGUCACUACCAACUGUAGGAGUUUUUGUAAAAACUACAGACUCAGAUACUUCAAUAACAUCUGUUAGUAGUUCAAAUGGAACCACUGAACCUUCUAAUAAAGAGAAAUUGAAUACACAGACACAAAGUUCACUACAAUUAAACUUAAAAAAAGAAAAAAAUUCGGAAUGUUCUGAUAAUUCAAAAGUGUUAGAGGAACCUAGCAAAUAUGGUGAUUUUGGAAAAGGAGUCGUUUUUUAUUUACGUGAUGAUAUCGUGGUUGGCAUAGUUCUUUGGAAUAUCUUUAAUCGGAUGUCUAUCGCUAGACAGGUGCUUUCCAGAGAUACGAAAUAUGAUGAUUUAAACGAAGUAGCAAAACUGUUUACUAUUCAUGAUGACUGAUUUCAUUAAUAAAAAAAUGUGACUAUAUUAUGUCAUUAUUGUACAUAAAGUCAUUUACCUAUCAGUUCAUUUUGUGAAUAAAAAAAAAGUCUACAACUGA